AUGAAACACGCAUUAUACUCAAAUCCCACAACUAAUACUCAUUACUACAAAAGGCAGAGUAAGCGUGCAGGUGCCGAUGUUUUCCGCUCGUGCUCGGCUUUCCCUGAAUAUUUCACGCGCGUACUGGACUACCGCCAGAUGGACCUCGAUGCUACGUUUUACCAGAUGGUCACUCUUUGUAUACAACCCACAAAGGUUUACAAGAGCGCAUAUUUUCGUAAACAGACAAAGAAUCGCUGGGCAAGAGAUGAUCCAGCCUUUGCAGUGAUUCAAUUUGCCUUCUUACUUGUAGCUACAUUGGCCUGGGCCAUUGCAUUCCGUGUUGACAGUGCUGCAAAGUAUGCCAUGCUGCUAUUUCAUGCGGUGGUCGUCGAAUGGCUUGGUUUGGGUCUCAUUAUAUCAACACUUUACUGGUGGAUUGCUAAUCAAUUUCUCCGUCAACGGAACAAUUAUGGUAUUGGUGAAACACUUUAUGUUGAGCAACGAGUAGAGUGGCAGUUCGCCUUCGACAUUCACUGCAAUUCGUUUUUCAUCUUGUUUCUAUUUCUCUAUGUGCUACAGUUUCUUCUAGCACCGCUACUGGUCUCCAAUUCGUUUGCUAUCUUGUUGGUUGGCAAUCUUCUCUAUUCGUUAAGUUGGGGACUCUAUACAUAUAUCACUUUUCUUGGAUACAUGGCACUUCCCUUUCUCCAUCGGACCGAGCAAUUCUUAUUGCCUCUUGUCUUAGUUCUGGCGCUUUUCGUAUCAACAAUCGUGUUGCAGGCGUGCUUGCGUCUUUCCUUUAAUGGGAUAAUAUGUCCUGCGCUCCUUAUUCACCCUGCUCAUGUGGCGGGACGAGUCGUGAUCAGCUGUGAUGCAAACUUUGAUGACUCAGCCUUUGGCUUAGAUGCUACAAGUGCUAGCGAACUUGACAGUGAUGAUGACGGUGUCGACCUUGACUCGGUAAACAGCGGGGAUGAAGGAGUACACUACCCGACAAAUUUCAAGUCAAAAGGAAAACGCAAGAAGCUUCCUUGCACAGGAAACACAAGCCAACAAAUUACAACAGGCCGGCGUAAUCAAGUUGGACUUGAAGAAGCAAGUGCACCUGAAUAUGUAAGCGAGCGACAAGCUAGCGUCGGUCGGUUGAACGUAUGGCUUACAAUCGCCCCUAUGUUUUGGUGGGAUAGUGCCGACUCGGUUAAAGUCGGUGACCUUUCGAAACCAACAACAUACCAAGAUGAUGUCAACGGACCAAACCAAAUUUAUUGGCGCAAGGCAAUCCGUGCGGAACUGGACUCUAUGAAACCUUGUGGUGUAUUCCGUGCUGUCAUGCUUCCAACUGGUCAGCAAGUUUUUGAAACCAAGUGGGUAUCUAAAAUAAAGCGCAAAGUGAUCGGAAAAAUACAAGGCACGCCUCGUCGCAAAAGGCUUUAA